GUGGAAGUGGGUUCAGUUUUUCCGUAGAGAAAUACUACGAAGAAUUGCGAAGUUUAACGAGCAAGAAAAAUUUGUCACAUCUUUUCGAUGUCGAUACACAUUAAGUUACAACGAGUGAUCGCUUACAGCAGAAGGAUGACCCACGAAGAAACCGCCUCUACGGCACGCACGAAUGAAGCAGUGUUACGUUGCUCGCUCAUAUCGCUCAACUCGAAAAAUGUCAUUUUUAGAUUUCCAUGGGCUACAAGAAUUCGAGCUGCGGAAGCACUUGAAUAAAACCCAUUGCCUUGGGCAAAGUCAUUAUUACCUUGCACAUCAUCUUCCAUGCCCAGGACUUCACUAUCCAGCUUUUCCAAACCGAAAAAGAUAGUGUGAUCACACUUUACUAAAAAAAAUCAACUUCGCUGAUACAGCAUCAGGCAAGUCGUGAUCGGAAGGGAAGCAAUAAAAGAUCGUAAUUUAUUGCUUUAGUCUAAUCGUCAACGUUACCAUUUCAAGUUUGACUCACAUUUCGGCACAAGUAUGCACCGCGCCAAUGGUACAUUUGCUGUACGACUGCCUUCUUCCAAGCGAAACACCAGAACAACUAUUUUUAACAUGUCACUCAUGACAUAAAACUUUGCAGGUACAAAAGUU